GAGGGCGACGGUCGUGACGUCACGUGCACCCCGUCCCACCCCGUGGUUCCGUCGGGUUCCAUCACGCCCCACGAGCCAGGGGGCGCCCCGCGCGAAGCCAGGCACGCCCCGGGCACGGCCGCACGACUCGACCGCCCCCACCGCAGCCGCCUCUACCUGCCGGCCCCGCGGUUUCCCCUCCGCGCCGCCGCCGCCGCCACCACCCACCACCACCACCCACCACCACCACCGCCGCCGCCGCUGCCGCCGCCGCCGCCGCCGCUACCGCCUCCGUCGCCUCCACGGCCGCGACUCAGCGCGAGGUCUCAUAUAACAAGCCCGCGCCGCCGUCUAGCCAGUGCACUGGAGGCGACUACCCGCGGCACCCGGCGAGGCGCAGGCAGCCACGGCGACUACUCAACGAGGAUUCGUGUUCUGGACGUUUUAAAAAAACCUUUCCUUACCCGUUUACGUCUUGCUGUUGGGAUUUGA